AAUACGAUAAAUUAAACAAAUUUUAAAAGUAUAUAUAUAUAUAUAUAUAUAUGCAAAUCAAGUAUACAAUAUCAAAGUAACUAUAAUUAAAGUGAAUUCGCAGGCUAGCUAGGCUCUUAAAUAUCUUAUAUAAAUCAUGUCUGGGACACUAUUUCGCUCCCUAUUCAACAGUUUGUCUCUAUAUAAUUGUACUGCAACGCGGUCUCUACAUACAGCAACUGUCUAUUAUGCAGCUCGAAAAGGUACAAGGGCUAAAGCUCGUGCAAAGAAAGUCAAAGUGGAGAUCACUAAAGUUGGAUUUAUUCCACACAACCAAAGGGGGAAAGACAAGUUAGCAAAGACAAUCAUAAAUAAACAUCUUGAUGACUCUCACAAGAGUGUAUCACUGGAUAAUGUGUACCCGCUUAGGUAUUAUCGCUGGCCUGUAUAUACAGUUGAGGAAGCUGUCAGGGCACAUCAAGAAACACAUCAUCCAUCUAUGUAUAAUGAACCUGAGGCUUUUGUAUAUGCUAAGGUUGAACUUAACAUGGAAGGUGUUAAGAAGAACCGUUAUAUUGACAACUUCUCUCGACUGACAUUGCUUCCACACUAUUUUCCUCAAGAUGAAGAGCGCACAAUUUUAGCUUUCUGCAAGGGUCCUGAAUUGAUUAAGCAGGUGGCAGAGGCUGGAGCAACUAUGGCAGGAAGCACAGAGCUUGUUAAAAAAAUUCAGGAAGGCACAGUCAAACUCGGUGAUUAUGACUAUAUAAUAGCUCACCCAAACAUCAUUACAGAUUUAGUACCAAUCCGAGGACUGAUGAAGAGACGCUUCCCUAAUAUCAAAGCUGGUACUUUGGACACCAAUAUUUGUGAUUUAGUAAAAAAAUUUGCUGCUGGUAUCCAGUACAGAGUUGUCAAGGAUGAAAAUCAACAAAACUUUGGUUCUGUUGAGGUUCCUAUUGGAAGGUUAAACAUGAGCCCAAGCAGUAUUGCAGAAAAUAUUGACAGAUUACUGAAAGAUAUUCAAACUGUAAGGCCAAAGAGAGAUGGACUUUUUAUAACAAGGUGUAUUAUACUGAGCCCACCAUCGUCAGAAAAACUUAAAAUAGAUCCAUUUGUAUAUGUUGAUCGUACAUUAUCUAAAGAAGUCCAAGAAGACAGUGAUGAUGAAGACAAUGUUGCCGCUGCUACAGCAUAAAUUAGAUUAUUUUAAUUAGAAAUUAGCUUAAUACAUAAUGUUUGUUAAUACGAAA